GCCCCCCAAAAAAUAAAAAUAAAAAGCUCAAAACAAACGUCAAAAAAAAUGACUGAGUGAACGCUGAAUGCGGCCAUUACAAGCUUCCAAAAAAUUAUGGCCAUUCCUUAAUUCCCCUCCCCCUUCAAAAUCUCAUCAUCAAACUCCUCUUAUAAAGAGGGCUCAAUCCAUUUCCUUCAGUAGAGGCACAGAUUGAAGAGCAUAAAGGGAACCAAAAAACCCCAAAAAACAGAAAAAAUAUAGAAAACACCCAAAAAAAGAAAAAAAAAGAAAAAGAGAAAUGAAAAAAAUUUCCCCCAACCCCCAAAUGGAUAGGAGGAAAAUAUCAUUGGUUGCUACUCUUGCGGUGUUUCUGUACGGCCUCUCUGCAUCAUUGAUUGUUAACGCCGAAGAUCCAUACCUGUUCUACACCUGGAAUGUGAGCUAUGGCACCCUUUCCCCAUUGGGUGUCCCUCAGCAAGUCAUUCUGAUCAACGGCCAGUUCCCGGGUCCUCGGAUCAACGGCACCUCCAACAACAACGUUGUCGUUAACGUCUUCAACAACCUUGAUGAGCCUCUCCUUUUCACAUGGAAUGGUAUCCAACAGAGGAAGAAUUCUUGGCAAGAAGGCCUUUUGGGCACCAAUUGUCCCAUCGCCCCUGGCACCAACUUCACCUACCAUUUCCAGGUCAAGGAUCAGAUCGGAAGCUACUAUUACUACCCCACCACCUCCUUGCACCGCGCGGCCGGAGGCUACGGCCCUUUAACCGUCGUCAGCCGUGACCUGAUCCCCGUCCCCUUCGACGCCCCUGAGGCCGAUUACACCAUCAUGGCCGGCGAUUGGUACAGCAAGAGCCAUGUUGCGCUGAAGAAGCAAUUGGACAGCGGGUCGGCGUUGGGAAGACCCGAUGGCGUCUUGAUCAACGGGAAAUUCGGAAAGGGAGACGGAGCCGAUGCGCCCAUGUUCAACAUGACCCCUGGAAAGACUUACAGGUACAGAGUCUGCAAUGUUGGGAUGAAGAAUUCCCUGAAUUUCAGAUUCCAGGGACACAAGAUGAAGCUGGUUGAGAUCGAAGGAUCACACACUGUUCAGAAUAUGUAUGAUUCCCUGGAUGUGCAUUUGGGACAAUGUAUCUCUGUUUUGGUCACCGCUGAUCAGGCACCAAAAGAUUAUUUCUUUGUUGCUUCAACCCGAUUCACCAAAGAAGUUCUUACUUCCACAGCCACCAUCAGAUACAUUGGCGGAAAGGGCCCUGCUUCGGACGUGAUUCCGACUGCCCCGACCGGAACCAACGGAAUCGCUUGGUCGAUGAACCAGUUCCGAUCAUUCAGGUGGAAUUUGACAGCCAGCGCAGCCAGGCCUAACCCACAGGGAUCAUAUCACUACGGACAGAUCAACAUCACCCGCACAAUCAAGAUCUAUAACUCGGCCGGCGAAGUCGAUUCCAAGCUCCGUUACGCCGUCAACGGCAUCUCCCACGUUGACGGAGAGACCCCAGUGAAGCUCGCUGAGUACUUCGGAGCCGCAGACAAAGUGUUCAAGUACAACCUGAUGCUGGACCAGCCCGAUGUGGCCUCCGUCACCGGAAAGAAAGUCGCCAUCAAGCUCGCUCCCAACGUCGUCAAUGCCACCUUCCGCAACUUCGUUGAGAUCGUCUUCGAGAACCACGAAAAGAGCAUCCAGUCCUGGCACUUGGACGGAUACUCUUUCUUCGCCGUCGCGUAAGUCAAUUUGAUUAUUCAUUUCCUGAAUUUGUGUCUUUUCGCCCCCCCAACUUUGCUGACAAUGUGGAUCAAAUUUGAUGGGAAAAAAAAACAGAACGGAGCCCGGAACCUGGACACCAGAGAAGAGGAAGAACUACAAUCUUCUGGACGCAAUCAGCAGGAACACAAUCCAGGUGUACCCAGGAUCAUGGUCGGCAAUCAUGCUGACAUUGGACAAUGCCGGAAUGUGGAAUUUGAGGUCAACAUCGUUGGAGAGGCAGUACUUGGGACAGCAAUUCUACUUCAGUGUGCUUUCACCAAAUUACUCACUCAGAGAUGAAUACAACAUCCCCGAUGAUUCUCUCCUCUGCGGUAUUGUCAAGGGCAUGCCACCACCAAAACCAUACACCCCAUAAGCUCCUUUACACCACCAAUUUGUUUUUCUUUGGGGACACUGUAAAACAAACAACAUUUUGGAGGCUUGCCUAGCUAUAUCAUUCUCUCUAACAGACAUUUUUUUUUUUUAUCAUAACACAAGGCAUCAGAACAGGUGAAUGAGUUAGAGUAAUCUUUUUUAAUCAGCAUGGGUUUGGCGCAACAUAUAUAUGAUACAGAGUGCAGCCCUCUUGCAAGAGUUUUGUGAUCAUCAGCAAAAAGAAAAAAUAAAGGAAAAACAAUUAUUGUUUUUAAUUUUCAUUGUUUUUUGGUUGUUGCUUGUAGCUUCUUAUUAUUAUGUAAUACUUCAUUGCUAAUUUAUGAUGUAUCAACUUUAUAUAAAUGCCAAUUCCUCUAUGUAAUCUAUGAUUAUGUUACUAUUCCAUGAAGUGAAAAGAGCAAAAUUUAAUUCAUUCCUGAGCUGCUACUCUUUUG